AUGCGUUUGGCCACCUCCACCUUGGUAUCAAUCCUAGCUUCGGCCGUAACGGUUACUGCACACAACAUCCAGCUGCAUGCCCACAGUAGAGAAUGCUUUCAUGAGGCACUACACCGAGACGACCGGAUGACCGUAACCUUUCAGGUCGGUGAUCGGGAGUUUGGCGGAGCUGGAAAUUUGGAUAUUGAUUUCUGGGUGAGUUUGCCUCUUCCCACAGUUUGAUCCGGAAGGAAAGGGGAAGCGGAGUAUUGCCCCCCCUUUCCCAUUUACUAUGGCGGGUUCACGGGAGCGGUAGGGGCUAAUCAAAUCAAUAGAUUCAAGAACCCUCCGGUACUCUGAAAGUCAGCGAGCAUGCUGUCUCGUCCGGUGACCAUUCAUUCGAGGCACAAGUUGACGGUAGAUACACCUACUGCUUCUCCAAUGAGAACAGCAGCGUCGGUUCAAAGGAGGUUUCAUUCAACGUUCACGGCAUCGUCUACGUACCGGAGGAGCCCGAAUCUUCGGAUCCCCUAGAACGCGAGGUUAGGAGUUUGGGAGAGAUGUUGAACCAGGUCAAGGAUGAGCAGGAAUAUAUUGUUGUCCGGGAACGCGUGCACAGAAACACUGCUGAAAGCACGAACUCGAGAGUUAAGUGGUGGAGUAUUUUCCAGUUGGGUGUUGUUGGCGCAAAUGGUGUUUUCCAAGUGUGGUACCUGAAGCGGUUUUUCGAGGUAGGCUCUGGUGCUUUCAUGUAA